AUGGCUCUGUUUUCAAUUCCAGAUACUCUGUCACCUUGGUUGGUGACUCUGAUUCUAAUCUACGUCUCACUACCAAUAUUGAUAUACUAUGCUAUUCCAUUUUUAUUUUAUGGGAAUAGGUCUACAAAGAAAAGAAUUAUUAUAUUUGUAUUAGGUGAUAUCGGUCAUUCACCAAGGAUGUGUUACCAUGCUCAAUCCUUUGCUGCCAAAGGUUUCCAAGUUGAAUUUUGUGGUUAUGUGGAUAGUCAAUUACCAAAUUUUAUAGCAGAAGAUCCAAAUAUUACUGUUCAUACCAUUCCAAGAAUUGCUGAAUUUGGAAUGGCUCGUAAAGUCAUUUUUCAAAUUCUGAUAAUUAUUUCGAAAUUAUGGGACUUAAGAGGUAGUGAUUAUCUAUUAGUCCAAAAUCCACCAAGUAUUCCAUUAUUUCCUAUUAUUGCAGGAUAUAGACUAACUGGUUGUAAAAUAAUUAUUGAUUGGCAUAAUUUGGCUUACUCUAUUUUGAAAUUGAAAUUAAAAUGUAGUUCAUGGCAUCCAUUAGUUAUUAUCGCUAUAUGUAUUGAAUUCUUCUUUGGAAGAUUUGCUAAUUAUCACCUGACAGUGACAGACGCUAUGAAAGAAUUUUUGAUUGACAGUUUUAAAUUCAGUGCCAAAAAAAUUGUUGUAUUACAUGAUAGGCCACCUGCCCAAUUUGUUCCUUUCAAAGAAACUCCUGAAUUCACCAGAGAAAUGGCAUUACGUACAGAACCAUAUAUCAAAAAUUUAAUACCAGAAGGAUUUGAUAUAACUAAAGGUGAUAAGAUUAUUGUAACAUCAACUUCUUUUACCCCCGAUGAAGAUAUUGGAAUUUUAUUAGGUGCAUUAAAAAUAUAUGAAAGUUCUCAUGAAAAAUUUGAUAAGAAUUUACCGAAGAUCCUUUGCUUCAUAACAGGUAAAGGUCCAUUAAAGGAACAAUAUAUGAAACAAGUUGCCGAAACUAAAUGGAAUGUUUGUCAUGUAGAAUUUGUAUGGUUAUCCUCAGAAGAUUACCCUAAAUUAUUACGCUUAUGUGAUUAUGGUGUAUCAUUACAUACUUCAAGUUCAGGUUUAGACUUACCAAUGAAAAUAUUAGAUAUGUUUGGUUCAGGUUUACCAGUGAUUGCAAUGAAUUACCCUGUGCUUAAUGAAUUAGUGACACAUGGACAGAAUGGUCUUAAAUUCACAGAUAGAAGAGAAUUACACGAAUCAUUGAUUUUCGCAAUGAAGGAUUCAGAAAUUUACACUACUUUGAAAAAGGGUGCCGUAAUAGAAUCGAAGAAUAGAUGGGAUUCUACUUGGGAAAAAGCUAUGAAGGGCAUCAAUGUAAUUCAUUAG